AUGAACAGCCUUGACUUCGAGUCAGAGGAAUCGUCGUCGCAGCAACACGAGGCUUCGGGCUGGCGGCGCCUGCCGACGGCAUGGUUCCACAUGCUGUUUGUCGAGUGCAUCCACAUCUACCUGGCAGUUUUCGCUUGGUUCAGACUUGUAACAAACGUCAACUUGCGCACAGCCAUGGGCGCUCACUUUCAACUCCAGGAACACCUGGAAGGCUACUUCUACAACCUCUUCUUGUUCGGCUCUACUACGGCAACAUCACUGCAGCUGUCCAAUGUCACUGAUACGUUCUUCCUUGGCGAAGAGCAACGGGAGCAGCCGACUGUCUUCUACAAUGGCUCCAUGCUCACACUUCCGUCCACCAGCAUUGACGGUGCCAACAUCCCAUGGAUUGUCCUGGUUUGGUUGCUGCCGUUGGGUGCUGCUUUAUUGAUCAUUCUUCAUCUGGUCCUGCUCGCCCGACGACGUGUAUGGAGCUUCGAUUGUGGCGCAUACCUGCAGUUCAGCUGGGACAUCGUGCGGACGCCAGAGUACAGGUGGUCGGUGGGACUCAUGGCGUUAGCUGCAAUGUUGCUUCCUGUUGUGUGGAUAUUGCAAAUUCUGAUGUUCCAUCUUCCAGACCAGUUGAACGUUCUGAAGGGAAGUGUUCUGAGCGGAUUGCUGCUGUUGUUUGCCUUGGAUCAGCUUGCUUUUCCAAGCGUUCCCUGCCAUGACUGGGCAGCGCAAUUUCAGAAUUUGGUUUUCCGCCGACCGUUUCUGCAUUUGAUUCUUGGCAGUAAUAAGAGCUUCGGCCUGAAGCUGGUGGAUGCGCUUUGGACAGCUGAGCUCGGAGACUUCUCGCGAUUGCGUCGGUAUCUGCCGGAUCCAGAUGCUGCCGAAGAGGUUCUGCGGAUCUGCCGAGAAGUACAGCGCAGUGAAUCCGACAUCCGCAGCCGAUUCCGUCCUUAUCUCGGUGACAGCGGUAGAGCCCGGUAUGGUUUGAAUUGUUGGAGCUGCAGUGCGGUACUGUACCUUAUGGUUGCCCCCCGGAGCGGGCACAACAGCAACAAUGUCUCAGGACAAUAUAGGACGCAUCAAGAGUGCCUUGUGCUUUCAAAUUCUGGCUGGGUGUGCAGCAGCCGUGAUGAUGCGCGUGUCCAUUUCAAAGAACUUGUGUUGCUUCUGAUUUGCUCCUCUUUGUGA